GAAUCUUUCCCUCUUCCUUUCCAUGUCGGACCUCCCUGCCUUGCUUUAAAUUAUAUUUAUACUCCUAAAUAACCUUUCAAUGGCCCUGCACCGAUUUCCUUCAUCAUUUUUUGCCAUGAAUUUCUUUGUGCUCUUAUGCAAGGUUCUUCUGGCUUUAUUAGUCUUCUGUUUCGUCUCCAAGUCGAUCCCUGAUGCUCGCAGGAUCGCAGGAGACUUUUAUCAGGGAUGCUUCCUCGUUUUUGAGAGUCCUCUGUACAGUUUUAUUCUCAUUAACAUCCUCACUGUCGUCAUUUUCGUUUUGCCCCUACGAACAACCACUGCACCAGACACCCACGACGAGCAUGUUAGAUCCUACUGGAGUACCAGCGAAAAUUUGGCGGAGGAGAAAGAAAGACAAAUUAUUCCUGCAGACAAUGCAGUUUUCUCCGCGGAGAAAACAUCUAGAGAGUCAGAGCAGUGGUGGGUUCCUCCAGUGACUCAAGAUGCUCUGGCUCUGAGUACAGUUGCUGAGACCAAACCUACGGUUCAGGAACAAGGGCAAGUAGUUACCCACUCGAGGCCUCCUCAAUCAUGUGAGGAGAAUUCACGAGAAAUUACCUCCUUGAGACCUCCCCAAUCGUCUGAGGGGAAUUCACAAGAAAUUGUCUACUCUCGUCCUUCACGAGUAUCAAACCUUGAAGAGAAUUCACAAGCGCUUGUCAGUUCAUCAUGGCCUUCUCAAAGACCGGAUCGUGGAGAGAACUCACAAGUGUGGAAUCCUCAAAGAUCAGAUCAUGGACAGAAUUCACAAGUUUGGUAUCCUCAAACAUCGAACCACAGGAGAAAUUCGCAAGAAGUUGCCUUCCCACGGCCUCCUCAAGUAUGGAAUCUUGAAGGGAAUUCACAAGAAAGUACUUAUCUAUCGCCUCGCCAAGGAUCAAACUAUUGUCAAGAUUGUCAGAAGCAUCGAACUUACUUACAAAACAAGAUAAAAGCAAUUGGAUCCAUAAAUACAAAGCAUGUUGUUAAUACAGUCGAAGUGAGUAAGGAGGGCUACUGGAGGACCCAAUCGGUGACUUCCAAGGAGAUAAAAUUCUGGUUGAGCGGGAAGAUAGGGUACUCGAAGUAAAGAUGAUUACUUUGUUGCACGAUUAACAAAUUGUGUUUAAGUUG